UUAACUAGUCCUUGUCGAAUACGGAGACAGCCUAAGGUCCGCUGCCCACCAUGGCUAGCCUAGUGUUCGACUAUGUGAUCAGACGUGACAAUAUCGCAGACCCUAAUCAUGACCCUAAUAUCGGUUCCUCUCGUGGUAAUGCGAGCUCAACGUCAGGAGAAGUUGUCGAGGGUUUGACAGGUGGUGGCUCAACGUCGAAUUCUGCCCUGGUGUCCACUCUACUCCCUGCGCUGGUAAUUGCUGGCUUCUGGUUUGGCCUGUUCCUCAUCUGUCGCCGUAAUCAGCAACGGUGGUACUCACCUCGGUCCCAUCUCCCAAAUCUCCAUCACCAUGAACGGAGUCCGGAGUUACCCCGUGGAUUCAUCAACUGGUUCGGCGCUUUCUUUCAGAUCUCCGAUUCACAUGUGUUACAUCAUUCCUCUCUUGACGGAUAUUUGUUUUUGCGCUUCUUGCGGAAUCUUUGUAUCAUAUCGUUCGCCGGUAUCAUAAUCCUCUGGCCUGUGCUGCUACCUGUUCAUGCUACCGGAGGCGCUGGGAACACCCAAAUGGACCAAUUCAGCUUUAGUAAUGUGACAAAUCCGACAAAGUACUAUGCACAUGCAGUGAUGGGAAUGAUCUAUUUCACAUACGUAUUCUUCGUGGUCACCCGCGAGAGUCUAUUUUACGCCAACCUGCGGCAAACCUAUCUCAAUUCACCAGCAUAUGUAAACCGUAUUUCGUCCCGGACGGUACUGUUCAUGUCGGUACCCGAGUCAUAUAAAAGUGAGAAGAAGCUGCGCCAAGUCUUUGGCGACAGCAUUCGCCGUAUUUGGAUUACCUCGGAUUGCAAGGAGCUCAACAAGAAGGUUGAUGAAAGGGACAAACUAGCUUACCGCCUCGAAAGAGCAGAGAUCAACCUCAUUCGCGGGGCCAAUGCUGCUCGACUAAAGGCAGAAGCCGUCAGAAAGAAAAGCGGUUUUAAUGUAUGCGAUGAUUGCGAGCUGGCAGAUCCUCUGACUGACUCAAAGAUCAAACGGCCCAUGCAUCGCGCUAAUUUUUUCGGGAAGAAGGUUGAUAGUAUUCAGUAUUAUCGUUCCCGCCUGGCUGUAGCUAUCAAGGAAGUCGAAGAACUGCAACAAAAACACCGUGAUGGAGACGCAAAAUAUCUCACUGCGGUGUUUGUGGAAUUCCAAACGCAGUCAGAUGCUCAAGUUGCGUUGCAAACUCUAUCCCACCACCAGCCUAUGCAUAUGACCCCUCGUUAUACCGGAAUAGCACCCCGUGAAGUAAUAUGGUCUUCUCUGAACCUGAGUUGGUGGCAGAGAAUUGUUCGUAUUUUUGCGGUGCAAGGUGGGAUUGCUGCUCUGAUCAUCUUCUGGUCUAUUCCCGCCGCGAUUGUUGGUACUAUCUCGAAUGUCACUUAUCUUGCGAAUUUGAUCCCAUUCCUAGGAUGGUUAGCCCAUCUUCCUGGAUUCAUCGAAGGUGUUAUAACAGGGUUGUUACCAUCUGCCGCUUUGAUCUUGCUCAUGUCGCUAGUUCCCCCUAUUUGUCGACUUUGCGCAAGGAAAGCUGGUCUGCCUUCUCUAUCGCGUGUAGAGUUAUUUACACAGUCCGCACACUUCUGUUUCCAAGUUGUUCAAGUGUUUUUGGUGACCACAAUCACGUCAGCGGCUUCAGCAGCUGUCAGCCAGAUCAUCAAGAAUCCAUUAUCGGCAAAAGAUCUGUUGGCACAGAACCUUCCCAAGGCGUCCAACUUUUAUAUUUCCUACUUUCUACUGCAAGGCUUAUCGAUGAGCUCAGGAGCCGUUGUUCAAAUUAUGAGCGCAGUUAUUUUCAAGAUUCUAUCCGUCUUUUUUGCAACAACUCCAAGGCGCUUAUUUAAUCGCUGGACGCAGUUGACCGGACUCAGCUGGGGCAGCAUUCUUCCCGUAUUUACCAACAUGGGUGUCAUUGCACUGACAUACUCCUGCAUUGCGCCUCUCAUUUUGGCUUUUGCCUUCAUUGGGCUCUUUCUCGUUUAUCAAGCCUACCGCUACAAUCUUCUGUUUGUAUACGACCUUGACAUUGACACCAAGGGUCUGAUAUAUCCACGUGCCCUGCAGCAUUUGCUUACUGGUAUUUAUCUCGCGGAAAUCUGCAUGAUUGGACUCUUCUCUAUCAAAGCAGCAAUCGGACCGCUGAUAAUUAUGGCAUUCUACACAAUCCUUACAAUUCUCGCUCACAUUUCUCUUAAUGAUAUGUUGAGCCCACUUAUGAACUUCCUCCCGCGGUCUCUAGAUACCGAGGAGGAAGAGAUUCAAAUGAAUAGGGAAGCAAGAGAAGCCUAUCAGCAUGCAGUAACUCGUCACGGCCGAAUCUGGAAGUGGUUCCACCCCAAUCUCUACAGAGACUAUGCAGACCUUCGGCGCAAAGUUCGGAGGGAUGACAUUCAGAUCAAAUAUUCAGCCCAGGAACUAGCGGACGCCUACUACGAGCCUUGUAUCACCGCUAAAACACCUCAGCUGUGGAUUCCUCGAGAUCCGGGUGGGCUUAGUCAGGAGGAAAUUCGACAUACAAGUACCAUCAUUCCCAUAUCCGACCAAGGCGCACAUCUCGACGCCAAGAAUAAGAUUCGGUGGAAUAAAGACGACGAAGAUUUGCACAUGUGGCAGAGAAGAGUGCUAUAUUAG